AUGGUUGUAUAUGACAAUAUGGAUUUUAAGGAUCCACCCACAUUACUUCUUCUCACCGAUAAUCUAGAGAUCAGACAUCUCACUGGUUACACGUGCGAUAUGUCAUCAGCGUGUAGAAGAGUUGUGUACCAUCCUCUGAAGAACUGUGGGUAUACUCCAGAAUCAAACUCCGAGAUAUAUGUUCAGGGUUUACCAAGCGACACUACAGAUUCCGAGCUGAUGAAGUUUUUCCAACAAUGUGGAAACAUUUUUAAGCUGAAAGUGAUGUUGAUUAAUGGUAAUACAAACAGAGGCUUUUGUUUUGUGACUUUCAUGAACUCUGAAGUGGCUAAGAGCAGCCUCUAUCUCAACUGUGUACCAUUUAGACCUGAUUGUUUUCUGCGAAUUUCAAUAUCGUACAAUAAUCGCCGUAUUUUCCUGGGAAAUAUUCCAUUAUCCAAGAGUAGAGACGACGUGUGGAAAGAAUUGGUGAAAAAUGGUGUUACGAAUAUCACAGACGUCAUUAUGUACAGGGGAUAUGCAGAUCGAGCUCAAAAUCGAGGAUUUGUCUUUGUGGAGUUUGAAGGACACGAGCAAGCCGCUGGAUUCCGUGCCAGGUUCGAAAACCAAUUGUUUCUGUGGGACAAGAAAAUUAUCAUUGAUUGGUCUGUUCCUCUACCCAUUGUUGAUGAUUCUAAAAUAGAUCAGGCAACAACUAUUUUUAUGAGGAAUCUACCUGUCACGUUUGGCAGAGAGGAGCUUCAGCAAUUACUUUAUAAGUUGAUGCGUAAAGAAAAUAUCCAAAGAGUAUACAAAUUCAAAAACUACGCUUUUGUUCACUUGUUCGAGAGAUCUCAAGCUGAAGAAUUAAUGAAAAUUUUACAAGGUAAUGACAUCAAGCUUCAGAUAACUUUAUGGUUACCUUAG